AUGACAGCCACGCAAUUCCGCGAGUUUCUGUCUGAAUGCCGACAGACCGCACUGUGGCCAUGGAUAAAGGAGAUGCGAGAUGUCGUGACGUUGUAUGACGUUAUCCAACAGCUUGUGAAGCCAUGGACUCGGGGCACGGGUUGUGGAAUUGCCCUGCUGAUGAACCACCAAGCGCCGUGCCGGGCAACGUUGAUGAUUUCCCACACUUGGGCAGAGGACAUGGACGAGUGUGAGGAAGCUAUUGUCGACUAUUGCUUGGAAGUCGCUCCCGGGCUCUCCACCAGUAUUUGGUUCUGCGGAUUUGCCCAGUACCAGGCAGGAGAUGAGCCUGGUGAUGUGGGGCCGAGCAUCAGUGAGCAGCUCAAGCUGGAUCCUUUCGGAUCCGUGAUUAAACACACGACUCCGGCUCUUGGUAUGGUGGUGGUUCACACAUCCUCUGCCCGAGUCUAUGAGCGUUUAUGGUGUGUGUAUGAGAUUGCAGAAGCCACGCGCCUCGAAUCCAAAGUUGGCAUCGCCUUCUCCGAGCAGUACCUGAAUCAGCGCCAGUCAUCGUUAGUGGAGCUGUUAAAAGCUCGCACUGACAGCGCGGUCUGCAGCAAUCCUGCCGAUGCCGAGAUGAUCCGGUCACGUAUUCAGGACCUGGGAGGCUUCCGUGCCCUGGACUGGAAGAUCUUCUCCUUUCGCCUGCAAUCCCUUCGGGCCGUGCUGGCCAAGAAGGACCCGAACUGGCAGGACAUGCUGGCAGAUGAGUUGCAGCGUGCUGAAGAGGAGCUGAACAACUGGUCUCUGUUCGGACGCUCAAAGAGUGAGAAGCCUUCUCUCGCAAGAAGUCGCAUGGUGUUGCUCGUGGCCAUGGGCAGCGUUUCAGUUGGCCUGGUCGUAACUGGUGUUGUGGUUGCCGCAACAGUGAGAGCCACUUCGACAACAGAGGACUACUGGCCUGAGCCCGCGGGAACCACCACCACCGCUGGAUUUGGCACAUCUGGUCACGGCUGGCCUGCACCGGCUCCACCGCCGCCUGAGGAUGAUUGGCCUGCACCGCCACCGCCACCCCCGCCGCCGCCGCCCAUGAGGCAGCAAGAGCCACUGGAGGGAGUGAGUCCAGGCAUGGACACUUCCUUGCUGGUGACUCUGGUCAGCGUGUUAUUCCUGGGUGGCGUUUGCUUGCUGCUAGUCUGUUUGCUCGCGAUGCGGCGCUGCAGAGUUCCAGCUCGACGUACAGCGCAAGACAACCCCUUGGAGAGGAGCCAACUCGACUGGGAGGAGAAGCUCAAACUCGCCAAGGAGGUCUGCUUCUGCGACGAUGCUGCACCCAGCCGCAGCAGGGUGUCACUUUGA